CAGCAGCUGGAGACACACACAAACGCGCGCGCACACACACACACAAUCACACAAGCUAUUUUUACUGGAGGAGGAGAAAAGGCGAGAUUUCAUUUGUCACUUUUUUUUGACAGGUGGGGACAGGUGGGAAUUCUUGGCUCCCCCCCCCAGAAAAAGAGAGAGCGGGAGAUCGAUCCUGAAAGAAAGAGACCCCACACACACACACACACCCCUCCCUCCCUCUCCUCCUGGAUUGCCUUGAGAAACCUCCUUGGGCAACAUUUCCCAUCUAUUUUCUUGCUCUUCCCGAGAGACAACCCCCACCCCCCCCGGGCGCGAGGGGCAGGACAAGAGCGCGAGGGGCCCCUCCCCGCGCGAGCCCCCUCCCCAGUAAUCCCAGCCCAGCAGAGGAGGGGCGAGGAGCGGCUCCGGUCGGAGCUCAGCAGCACGGAGAACGCCGAGGCUGAGGCAGGCGGUUCGGAGGGAGGGAGGGGGCUCCGGCGCUGCCCCGGGGGUGCCCCAUCCCGCCUCGUGGGACAGGUGUGCCGCGCAUCACUGAUGAUGUCGGGCAGAACCUGAGCUGAGACCCUCCUUCCCUCUUCCUGCACCCGUCCCCCAGAUCCCACCGCUGACACCAUGAUCUCUUCGAAGGACAAACCCAAGGCCCCCAAAGACAGCAUGACUCUCCUCCCUUGCUUCUACUUUGUCGAGCUGCCCAUCGUGGCCUCCUCCAUCGUGACCCUCUACUUCCUGGAGCUGACGGACCUCUUCAAGCCAGCCAAGGUGGGCUUCCAGUGCUAUGACCGGGCCCUCUCCAUGCCCUACGUGGAGACCAACGAGGAGAUGAUCCCACUUCUUAUGCUCCUCAGCCUGGCCUUCGCGGCCCCAGCAGCCUCCAUCAUGGUGGGCGAAGGGAUCAUCUAUUGCCUGCAGUCCAAGCUGAAGGGCCGCGGCAGCUCUGAAGGCAGCAUCAAUGCUGGCGGUUGCAACUUCAACUCCUUCCUACGCAGGACGGUCAGAUUUGUGGGUGUCCAUGUCUUUGGACUCUGCGCCACAGCGCUGGUGACCGACGUGAUCCAGCUGGCCACAGGGUACCACGCCCCUUUCUUCUUGACGGUCUGCAAACCCAACUACACCCUCCUGGGAAUCUCCUGCGACUCCAACCCCUACAUCACUCAGGACAUCUGCUCAGGGCAAGACCAACACGCCAUCCUUUCAGCCAGGAAAACCUUCCCGUCUCAGCAUGCCACCCUCUCUGCUUUUGCUGCUGUCUACGUGUCGAUGUACUUCAACUCGAUCAUCUCGGACAGCACCAAACUCCUCAAGCCCAUCCUGGUCUUUGCUUUUGCUAUUGCGGCUGGCAUCUGCGGCUUGACCCAGAUCACCCAGUACCGGAGUCACCCCAUCGACGUCUACGUGGGUUUCCUCAUUGGCUCCGGCAUCGCAGCCUACCUGGCAUACCACGCAGUGGGGAAUUUCCGGGCGCCGACAGAAAAGGCCCUGUCUAAUCCGCCCCCGAAGGACGCCCUGAGAGCUCUCACCCAGCGUGGCCACGACUCAGUUUACCACCAGAACAAAUCCGUCAGCACCGAUGAGCUGAAUCCACAGACCCGCCUGGAGGGGAUCAACCAGCAGGUACAGCGGGAGAAGAACUCUCUGGGCAGCUUGAAGCGGGCCAGCGUCGACGUGGACCUCUUGGCCCCCCGGAGCCCAAUGGGCAAGGAGAAUAUGGUGACCUUCAGCAACACGUUGCCACGGAUGAAUACCCCGUCCAUGGAUGACCCCGCUCGCCGCCACAUGACCAUCCACGUCCCAGUGGAUGCCUCCCGUUCCAAGCAGCUGAUCACCGAAUGGAAGCAGAAGUCAGUGGAAGGCCAUGGGAUGACCUUAGCGGAGGAAGUGGCCAGGCGUGUCGGCUCGGACUCCUUGGUGGGCGAAGAUGAGGAGCACAUCCCACCCUCCUUGUAUCCGACGGUGCAGGCCCGGACUGCCGAGCGAGCCUCCAUGGGGCCUCGGGUGCUCAUCCAGCCCAGACCGGGGGCCUCGCAACUGGUCCACAUCCCCGAGGAGAGCCAAGCCAAUGCUGGGGCUAACAUUUCGCCCAAAAGCAGCUCGGCCGUGCGAGCCAAGUGGAUGAUGAUGGCCGAGAAAGGGACGGCCCAACGGGUGGCCAACCCGCCCCGCCUCAUGCAGGUCAUUGCGAUGUCCAAGCAACAGGGGUUGGUGUCGGUGACCCCCAAACACUCCGAGACCUCCUCCUCUUCCACCAGCUCCGAUUCCUCCCAGUACCGCUCUCCGUCAGAAAGGGACAGCUCUAGCGUUGUCACCAUCGACGCCCACGCCCCACACCAUCCCGUCGUCCACUUGUCCUCUGGGAAUGGGCCUUGGGAGUGGAAGGCAACACAGAAGGCCUCCGACGGCCAAGAUACCUACGACCUCAACGAGAUGGGCAAAGAUUAUCGCAGCUUCCGGCCUGCCAAGAGUGCCGGUGUGUCCCCCGGCUCCUCCGUCAGCGACAUUGAGCAGGACGAAACCCACUAUGGCAGCGUCGCCACCAUCAACGUCACCGCAGGGGUGGGGGGUGGCGUGGCAUUGGCAGAGACCAGCCCCGCAGAAAACAUGUUGAGUGCUGCCAGCCGGGAGUCGACACUGCGCCGGAAACCGACCAGUUUGACGGUGGGAGAGAAGGACGGGCCGACGGAAGAGACCGAAAACUACUACAAGAAGAUCCAAGCCAGUCGGAGAUUUAAGGAAUAAUUCUGUCCACCCAUGCCAUCCUGGACUCGAAUGAGAUGGAGAGGAUUUUGAGACCAGGACGUGAACGGAGGAUGGGUGUCCUUCCGGACUACCAUAUUGAGAAAUCAAGAUAAAGACGUCCCUUCCCCCAGAGUUGUAUAGCUGUGAGGGUUGGAUUAGACGAUAACGUUGACUGAAAUGACAGAGUAUCCUCGACUCCUGGGAUCAGAUGGGGCCGCUUUUCUCAAGAGAGGGGGGGUCCAUCGAGAAACUAGCUCUCCUGUUACUGGAUUGCCAUGUCUUACUUUCCUCUGUCCUGGGCUUGGAUGACUUUGAAGAGUUCUCCAAGAAAAAUGGGCUGGAUUUUCCGACACAAAACCAAACAAACCCUAGGUGUUCGUGGUAUUAAGGACAGCUGUAAUUUAUUCUUAAUUACUGAUUGUAAAACCAACGAGGGCAAGGGGGGGAAGGGUGGGGGUUAAAUGACAUGGAAGGGACCCAGGGUGUUCCCUUGAGCAAGGUGGGCCGUCAGGAUGUGUUUUGGCGAAAUCGGCAGUGGGCAGAUGUGUCGUAGAGGUGGGUUUACCCCUAAAGGUCAGGUCCUACGGCAAGAUGAUCACAAGAUGCUUUCUUCAGCUCUGGACCAAACUGGCUCAAAUCUGUACAUCGCUCACUGUCCCAAAGUAAGCAAAGGAGAGCUGGGGUGGGGGGAGGCAGGGGGGAGGUUACCCCCAAACACUUUGGAGGAAAAUGUUUGGCCUGAUCUUUUUCUUGUGGUGGAAGAUUGGCUCACACAUUGGACAGGGAGACUAUCAAGGGGUGUGGGGAUGCAGGGGGAAUGACAAAUGGCUUUGCUGGUGAAGACCCUCGCAUCCAACUUCUGGUUGUCUGCAAGGGCUAACCUGAUGCUUCUGGUCAACUCCCAAGCAGAGCAUGAAGGCAACAGACUUGCCUUCACUGUUUGUCUCCUCCCAGAAUUUGGUUAUCCAGAGGUAGAAUGCAGAGGCUCUUUGGAGUUUUCAUGGCUAAAUGGGUGCUGUAAGGUCCAUCUAAGAACACAAGACAUUGCAUCUGCUGGAUCAGAUUUUUUUAAAACCAUCCAGCCCAGCAUCCUGUUUCCAACACUGGCCAGGCAAUCAUGAGGACCAGUAACUUGUUUUCAGCAAGAGUCUCCAGAGGGGUUGAAUUCUGUGCUCCAAGUAUUACACACUGGCACGAUACAAGUGUAGAAGCGAGGAAGAGACAUGCAGCCUCGGAUAGAUGGCGAUGGUGCUUCGCCUUCCACUAGGGAGAGGCGUUAGCUGCAUCUCAAAAUGGCGGCCAUUGGUCAAUCCAUGCGGUGAAGGAGAGGCUUUGAGCAGAGUUGUGGGCCUCUGUUGUAUCAGCAACACUUCUUCAGUAUUGUGAGGGAGGCUUCAUGGAGGUUCAUGAGGCAUGAAUAAAGGGUCGGGGGGUGUUUGUCAGAGGGAAAUAAUGUAUCUUACAGGAAAGCACGAGGUCGUACCCAAGCUGUCCCCUGUAGGCACGAGAAGGAUUUAUUUACACAAGGGUGGGAUAGGGGAAAGGGCCCUGGAUUCCUAGAUAGGAUGGGCACUCUGUGGGUCAACCAUACUCCCGAAGAUGCAGGGAGAGGUGGAUUUCUUCAACUUGGGUUGAGUGGAGGGGUUCCACUCAUCUCGAAGGGGUCCCAUGAUGGGAGCAGUUAUGGGAAUGGACCCUGACGCAGGGAACUGUCAAAUGCAUGAAGAAGAGCAGGGUCCUGUUAUAUAGAUCUAUUUAGAAGGAGAAUCCGUUUAAAGGGGUGUGUUAAAGUGGGAGCAACUGGUGGAAAACUGGCUCAAACUAACCGGGCUGUCACGACGUUGAUUAUAAGACGUGGGAUUUCUAACGUUAGAUAAGAUGAUACAGUUGGUUUGCAGGAACAUAACCGUUAAAAAAAACACCCCAAAACAUGGCGGCCAGUUCCCAACAUUCCUAGCAGAAUGGCCAAGCCUGACCAAGAUGGCGACUCUUUCCUUGGCUUGGGCUACUUCAAGGAUUUCUUCCACAAUGUAAAUUUGGGUUAGAAUGGUCCCAGGAAGAAUGGGGAAAUUUAUUUAUUUUUAAGGAUGGGGCCCUUCCCCAGUCUUUCAAGGGUCUCCCAAAAUGGCCACUCACUAGUCUUGAGGUCAAGGAAAGGCAACCUUGUCUCCAUAAAUUGUCACAGGGGGGUGUUGGCAUGACUAAGGGGGGGUGGUUGUCUAAAAAGAAGGGAUAUAUAACCUUAUGGGGAUGGUGCGAGUUUGCUUUUUUUAAAAUAGGGCUCCCGCCCAGAGGCAUGAGAUAGGUGGUAAUGUAGAAGGGUGCAUCAAUAGAAGGGGGGGAGCAUGAGCAACCGGGGCCUAAAUGGCAGAAACUGGGGGUGUUUAUGGGGUCCACUCAAGAGAUGAAAGGAGGUUUCUCCAUGCCAGAAGCCACUGAUUGCAACGGUUGUCAGUCUGCAAGGGACUCAUGGCCGUCUUGGAAGCCUGUGCGGUCUCUGUUUAUUAAAAAGAAUCUUGGCAA